AGAUCGCGAGAUAACCGCACGAAAAAUAUGGGGGACGAGAAGCCGAGAAAUUUCUCUAAAACUGGUAUGAAGUAUAACCGAAUACAACUGGAAUUUAAAACGAGAAAAGCCUAUAAGAGAAAGAUGAAGGAUUACGAGAAAAAAUUCAUAGAAUGUUAUGGAAGAUGUCCAAACGCCAAUGAAAUGCCACGAUUCACAUACAAGCCGUCGCAAGUCGAUGAAAAUAAUGAGGAGCGAACAACGAGCUAUCAAAGGAGAAAGUCAAAUGAGAGGGAAACAUCUUUCGAAAUGAGCCAUGGAUCGCAAAGGAUGAACGUAGACAACUGGAACGUCGAAGAAACUGAGGAAUGCAGUGAAUCUCGAGACGAUGGACCGAAUGACGAUGUACAUAACAUCAGCGAGGGGAAUGAAAUGGAGACAUCUCAAUCAUUAUGCAUGGAUGUUGAAGGAAGAAAUCUAAACGACCAUGAAAUUACAAGGGAUCGAAGAACGAUGUCAUAGGAAAAUGAGAAAAAUCAAGGGCGAACGAGGAGGUCUAUCUUCCCUUUUGACAGCGAGGAAUCAAACGAGAACGAGUCUUUAUUUCAAUUACAUGAAUUGUCUUCUGGAUUUAAUCGUGGUUCUCGCAACGACGACGAAUUAAUUGACGCUGAAAACUCAAAUGUCGAACG